GCACGCUCCAACUGUCGGGGGAGGAUUGUAGUGCUCGCUGAGCAUCAGAGAAGUCAGGGCAGUCUGCGUGGACAUAAGUGUCCCUGUAACCCUCGGGUUUGGAUAACAAACAGGUGUUUGGAUUGGCCUGUUUGCAAAAACCGAGAGUUCAAAAGCAAAAGGGAAGAACACAAUCAGCCUACCUGAAGCUGAAAGAACUCAAGAAAAAGUUCAUCCCUCGAGCUGCGACACUGAAUGCUUCUAAAUUCGGGCGAUAGAUUGAGGGAUGCAGGAAGCAUCCAAAGACGGAAAGAAUGCGCAGUCGCUGCAUCAAAGGGACGUCGUCAGGUUUCCGUGAUGGUUGUGGGGACCGUGGUUGGACGACCUUCAGCAAGAAGGUCCUGGAUGCAUGGCACCAAGAGGGGCUUUCCCGAGUGAGGACUGCAGACGUCACCUCCCAGGUAGCACCUCCAUCUGGAACUGAAAUCAGAUCCAGUCGUUGCACCGACUCUGGAGACCUUAGGUAACCUGGUCUUUAUGCUCAGCGAUAGAAGGACUGGAAGAAUUCUGCCUUCAAAGAACAGGGAAGAUAUGGACACUGUGAUGAAACUCGCCAAAGGUUUGUCUUCCAGUGACACUGACUGGCCCCCAGGGCAAAAACAGAAGUCCCACAUUCUGGAGCCAGUUACAUUCCAGGAUGUUGCUGUGGUCUUCUCGGAGGCAGAAUGGAAGACACUGAGCUCUGAGCAGAAGAACCUAUUUAGAGAAGUGAUGCUGGAGAGUUACAGGAAUCUGCUCUCUGUGGGUGAGGAUGUCCUUCCUCUCUCUUCUCUUUAUUAACUCAUUUAGGUAUUUACUUGCCUUCAGCUGUAUGCCAAUGCCCAGGCUGGGCUAAGCAGGGGGUAUGGAUGGGCUGGUCUAAGCAUGGG